AUGCAAUCGGUGGUUUUCAAAGGUCCUUUGCAGGUCGCUCUCGAGGAGCGUCCGCGGCCUCAGAUCAAAGACUCUACAGACGUGAUCGUGAAAGUACGGUACACGGCACUAUGUGGCAGUGAGCUACACGUCUUCCGUGGUCACCAACCCUCGGGAACUGGAUUCAUCAUGGGCCACGAAUUCACCGGGGAGGUUUUUGAAGUCGGAGAUAAAGUCAAGACUUUCAAAACAGGAGAUCGUGUCGUAUCGCCCUUCACAGUCAGUUGCGGGGACUGUUUCUACUGUGACGGCGGUUUUUCAUCACGCUGCGCUCGGGGUCAACUCUAUGGAUCCGCAGUGUUGGAUGGCGGACAGGCGGAGUACGUCCGUGUGCCUUUAGCAGAUGCCACUUUGGUCCAUGCGCCCUCGACUAUUGACGAGAAAAAGCUAGUCCUGAUGGCGGACAUCUUCCCCACAGGGUAUUUUGCCGCCUCAAACGCCUUUCGCUCCCUAGACAAGGCAGCGAUCGAAAAGAGCACCGUUCUCCUCUUUGGAUGUGGACCAGUGGGAAUUUGUGCUCUAGUCAGCGCCUUGGAUCAUCGCCCUAAGCACCUGAUUGCGAUCGACAGUGUGCCAUCUCGUCUUAAGCUCGCUGAAAGCUUAGGUGCGGAGGCCUGGAACUACCAGGAAGAUGAGCAGGGUUUACGGGAGAGAGUUAAGGCUUUGACGGAUGGUCGUGGAGCAGAUGUCGUGAUUGAGGUUGUGGGGCAUAGCAGUGCAUUGCGGAUGGGAUUUGAGAUGUUGCGCCCAUGGGGAAUCCUCUCUAGUGUGGGCGUGCACAAUGGCGAGAUCCCGUGGACUGGUAACGAGGCGUAUGGGAAGAACUUGCGUAUCCAGAUGGGACGGUGUCCCGUGCGGAGUAUCUUUGGUGAGGCCAUGAACCUCUUGGCAAAGAAGCAGGAUGUGCUCAAUUUCAUGUCUGAUGAUAUCCGACCUCUUUCUCAGGCUGUGCAGGCUUUCGAUGAUUUUAACAACAUGCGAUGCCAGAAGGUCAUUUUUGAGGCAGAUAAGUAG